AUGAAAAAACAUUACAGUGUAGAAAUAGCCGGCAAGCAUGGCCGGUCUCCGUCCAACAUAUUGGACAAAAUCACCAGACGGUAUUCGGCACUCGGCAGUCGGCUGAUGCGCAAAUCUCCCGGCAGAAAAAGCAGUGUUGCCGAACCUAUCACCGGUAGUUAUGAUAUGACCGGAGGUCGAUCGGAGGAUUUUCGACCGGAAAUCGGUGUACCGGUAUUGAUUUCCAAAACGACUAAAUUUAACUUUGAUGAGGAUGUAGACAAACCAGUCGUUGAGGUUUCCCCACCGCAACAGCAGCAGCAUCAAUCCCAACGUUUAUCACAAUCACCUAUCCCCGUGUCGGUUGCCACCCGAUCAACGUCGGAUGACAGCGAAAACGACGUCUUCGUCGAUGCCAACAGCUCACUGCCAAAUUUCAGCGACAUCAAAUUCACGUUCCUCUCGGAAAGUAACAACAACAAUUACAGCACCUACCUGGACGAUAGCGACAAACAAUUUCAAAUGCGACGGAUCCGCUCAAAGUCUGCGCAUAACCUGCACCAACCCGAUCUUCGAUUGCUGUUCGAAAAAGCACCAUCAAUGAAUCUGUCGGGUUCCGCAAGUAAUGGCAAUACGCAAACUACCUCCAGUACCGUUCCUAACAGCCCCGCUGUGGACAGCAUUUACGAUUUCCCCCGCAACUCCAAGGUGGGCAAUUCGUCGUACGACCUUGAGCAAGCACAUCUCAUACUGAACGAAAUCGACAUUUCCCUAGUCAGCGAAGGUGACAAUACCACCCACUUGUACCACAAUUUGCCGAACGGACACCACGUUACCUCGUCGAAUGGUGUCAUGCACAACCAUGCGUUCGACUAUUCCGGCAGUAAUCAGAGUUUGCACUCCAGUAGCACCCAAGAGGAGGAGUUCGAUCUCAAAUCGGCCAGCUUCCAGAGUCUGGAAGCGAGGCACCUAUUUUUGUCGAUAGAGGAACUGGAUGAAAUCACUCGUCAGAUCAACGAUGUCGACAUAUUUAAGGAGGGCAACAAUGAGUACUGCGAGCAUCGCAAGCAACUCCAUCCGUGUGAGCGACGGCUCACGCUUCUGAAGAACAAAACCAGCAGCAAGCAUUUUAUCGAUUUCGAUAGGAAAAAAGCCAAGCUCACACGCAAAUGGAGUGGCUUCAAAAAUUGGAUAGGCGAAGAGCAGGACAAAAUCAAAGAAGUGGUACAGAAACAUGCCGCGAUGCAGCGAGUCGGGGCGGAUGUAGGCAAAAAUACCGCCGGCAGCGGCGGCGGCAAGCCUUCGUCCCGGCAGAGCAGUGAGAUUGGCGUCGAUAACGAAGCGUCCGUAAUUGUCGAAAGUGAAGUGAACCAAUCGGGUAACAGUGCGGCCAACAGCGACGUUAAAGAUGGACCGAUCGAACCGAACGAAGAACGCGACAGCAGCCAGAAGAUGCGGAAAUCGCACAGUGUGGAAAUCUUGGAGGGUCAAAAUGGCUUCGAAGAGAUCCGCCGGUUCGUCAAGCAAGGUGGCGACUUUGGCAAGGAUCUCAUCGCGAUCCUGCAGGAGCGCAUGGAAAUCGAGCAGAUCUACGCGAAAUCGCUGUCGAAGAUCGCCAACAAGCUGAACAAAGCGUGUCGCGAUCUGCCCGGUACGAUAGCCGACUCGUGGCGCGCCGUAUCGACCGAGAUCGAGAGCCGGGGUGAAGUUCACCGCACGUUUUCCAACUCGCUGGCCGACGAGCUGGUAAAACCGCUCAAAGCGGUCCUGGACAAUCAGCACAAGGCGCGCAAGGCCAUCGAAAACAAUGUGGACAAAUCGGCUCGGAUACUGGCCGAAUGGAGGGCCACCGAGGUUAAGGGCAAGAAGAGCUCGCACACCGCCGCCAGGGAGAACGAGAAGCUGCAGGAUGCCAUGCUGGAUGUGAAAUUGCAACGGUCGCCCUCACUUGGUCUGCUGCACAAAUCGAUCGAAAAGGAACCGAAAAACGCGGAAAAGGACGGCUCCAAGCUGGACACCAAGCGCAAAAAGGCCGAAGACGCCGUCAAGAAGGCUGAUGUCGAAUAUUACACCCUGUGCAUUCGCGCCGAGCGGGCCCGGGUGGACUGGGAAAUGUCCGUCCUACGGGGCAGCUCGAUGCUUCAAUCGCUGGAGAAUCAACGACUGAACCAUUUCAAGAAUUACGUUGCCAGCUAUUUCCGACUGUCGUCCGAAAUGAAUCCGGUGCUGUGCAAAAUCGUCGACCGCUUGGGCCCGCAACUGCAGAUGUGCAACGUGCAGAAAGAUUUGGAUGUGCUGAAAAACAUCCGAAGGGCAACGGAGGGACCGAGCGAACAGCUGCUGCCAGACUUUUACUGCGAGCACACCACGCUGGCCAUGAAUCGAGAACGAAGAAAGCAAUCUCUGGUCAAACUGCUGCAGCUCAUCCGUCAGGAUCUGGACCGGGAACGGCGUUCGAGAAACAGUUUGAAGGGAUUCUCCCAGAGCUUCGAACCGAAUGUGGAAGGUAAUCAGAAUAUCGCCGAUAAAUUGUAUCAUAUAAGAUCGAUGCUGACGUACUUGGAGGGCGCCAGAUACAAGCUACAGUCGGCGCUACUUGAGCUGGACCAUAAGCCCAGGUCGAGUCAUCCGCUAGCACAACACAUUCAGAUAACACGAGACCGGACAGGGUUGCAAACAAGCGUGCUGAAGGUUCCUUUGUGGCUGAAGAAUGAACAAGAUGACGACGAUGGUCAGGUGUCCAGUACCAACGGUGGCUCAUCUGAUGUUGGCGAACAGUGUGUUGACAUCCGAAAUGAUACACUGAUACGGCAUAUGUCGCAUAAGUACGGUCGAAGUAAGGAGUCGAACGGCGAAGAAGAACCCUAUAGCAUAAAUAAAUCCAACAAAUCAAACACACCUCCGAACGGACACGGUCCACUAUGGGACCGCGGCGUGGCAGAUGGUGUCUCCAACCAGCCGGAUUCAGAUUUUGACGAAUUCUCCUCCCAGGACGAGGAAGAGGAUAGAAGCAGUGCUGGAUUGGCAGUCGAAAAUGGUGGCACACACAAUCAUCAUCAUCAUCAUCUCAGCAACGGUGGCAACGCGACGGUAGCGGAAAAUGGAGCCGCCGCUACACCCACGGCCAUACUCGGUCGGUGUCGGGCAUUGUUCAAUUACACACCAAAGCUUUACGAUGAGCUUGAGCUGCAACCGGGCGACAUCCUGGAGAUUCACAUCAAACAGGAGGAUGGCUGGUGGCUUGGUUCGCUUCGGGGCCAGGUUGGCAUUUUCCCCGCCACCUACGUGGAGGAAAUCGAUUGAUGGAUGAUGAAGGCGAGGCCCAUGAAGGGGUCUCGUACUGUGUGUAAAUAAUAAAUAAUAGUAAACGGUAUGCGAGAGACGUUAGAAUCUGCGUGAGUUUCAUAUAAGUACUAGUUAUCCUGAUAUCAAAGACUAUAGCAAGUGACAGGAGCAUGUUUUAAAAACAAAUUAAUUUCUGAAGAAAUACUUGUUGAGUAAUUUAUUGAUAUUUCGUGCGUUGUUUGUACUGUUAGAAUAAGUUUUUAACCCAAGCUCUUUGUAGUCUUCCCAUUGAGGGUAGCAAAAGCAAUAACCCAAAAAUAUGUUCAACUCGAAGCAAUAUAAAACAGCAGUUUAUAGGCACAUGUAAAUACUUUCGGAUGCAAUGAAAGCAAUGUCUGUUAUUCGCAAUCCAGUACAUUUUGGAAAUAUUUUAAGGCUA